ACAAGAACACAGCAUUCCACGGAGAGUUCUGUUCUUUCUCAGGACUGUCGCAGAUCGGAGAUUAGACAAGAGGGGCGACCGCUGUGGGCAUGACCAUGUACAUCAGUUAUAGCGGGCUGUUUGGAGCAGGUUUGGGGAUGUCAGGUCUUGUACUCACUUAAACUUUUUUUCCCCAAAUUCCAACUUAACCGAAAUGAACCACCAGCGAAAAGUUUCACAUGAAAAUCAGUCUCAGUCGCGUAAGAUUGAAAAACGGAUAAGAAGUCGAGAACACCUUCUGAUGAAUGCUGAUUUCGGAGAGGAUGGCUGCUACCAGGGGCUUCAGAUGCCGGGGAUCACUGACAGCCAGACGUUGGCCUGGCAGAAUCUGGCCAAGAGCAGAAGGCAGGCUGUGCGAGGGGCGGCGUACAUGUUCAACCCCGAGCCCUACAGCCUCACAGAGGUGGAGGAGCGCCUGCUGGACGCGGCUGAAUAUGGAAACAUCCCAGUGGUGCGCCGGAUGCUGGCGGAGAUACCUGACCUCAACGUCAACUGUGUGGACUACAUGGGCCAGAAUGCAUUGCAGCUGGCCGUGGCCAAUGAACACCUAGAGGUGACAGAGCUGCUGCUGAAGAAGCACAACCUUGCUCGCAUUGGAGACGCCUUGUUGCUGGCCAUCAGCAAAGGUUACAUCCGGAUUGUGGAGGCCAUCCUGAACCAUCCGGCCUUCUCUGACGGCCACAGACUGAGGGUGUCCCCCAGCCAGGUCGCCAUGUUGGAUGACUUCUUUGCCUAUGAUGAAGAUGGCACACGCUUCUCCCAUGACGUCACGCCCAUCAUCCUGGCAGCCCACUGCCACGCGUACGAGAUAGUACACAUACUGCUUAGGAAAGGCGCUCGGAUCGAGCAGCCCCACGACUACUUCUGUGACUGUGACACCUGUAACUACCAUCAGAAGUAUGAUUCGUUCAGUCACUCGAGGUCGCGCAUCAAUGCCUACAAAGGCCUGGCCAGCCCCGCCUAUCUCUCGCUGUCCAAUGAGGAUCCUGUGCUGGCAGCCUUGGAGCUGAGCAAUGAGCUGGCCUCCCUGGCCAACAUUGAGAAAGAGUUUAAGAACGAUUACAAGAGACUGUCUAUUCAGUGCAAAGACUUUGUUGUGGGGCUUCUGGACUUGUGCAGGAGCACAGAGGAAGUGGAGGCCAUUUUGAAUGGUGAGGUUGACGAGACUGCUGAGUUACCUGGGCGACCAAGCUUCAUUCGACUAAAGCUGGCCCUCAAAUAUGAGCUGAAGAAGUUUGUCGCCCAUCCAAACUGUCAGCAACAGCUGUUAUCCAUCUGGUACGAGAAUGUGGCUGGGCUGAGGCAGCAGACAACAGGAGUGAUGGUACUGGUAGUUCUCGCUGUCGCCAUUGGCCUUCCAGUCCUGGCCGUUGUGUAUUGGAUCAUGCCAUGCAGUAAGUUGGGGAAGAUUAUGCGUGGUCCUUUCCUCAAGUUUGUGGCCCAUGCUGCUUCGUUUACGAUGUUUCUUGGACUUCUUGUGCUAAAUGGUGCAGACCGCUUUGAUGGUACAAAGCUCUUGCCAAACAUGACGGUCCACGACAGGCCCGCCCAGUUGUUCCGGAUGAAGACAACCCCUUUCACUUGGAUGGAAAUACUCAUCAUUUCCUGGGUCAUCGGAAUGGUUUGGGCCGAGUGCAAGGAGAUUUGGAGCCAAGGGCCAAGGGAGUAUCUAACUGAGCCAUGGAACAUGUUGGAUUUUGGGAUGUUGGCCAUCUUUGUGGCAUCCUUCAUCGCACGCUUCAUGGCGUUUUGGCACGCCUACGCGGCACAGAGCUUUGUAGACAGUCACUGGACGGAUCUGACAAACGUAACUCUGCCCCCAGAGAUUGCAUAUUUCCAGCUACCUCGAAUCGACUGGCUACCGUCGGAUCCCCAGAUAUUGUCUGAGGGUCUGUACGCCAUUGCGGUGGUGCUGAGUUUCUCAAGGAUCGCUUACAUCCUGCCAGCCAAUGAGGCCUUUGGGCCACUGCAGAUCUCCUUAGGGAGGACGGUGAAGGACAUCUUCAAGUUCAUGGUCAUCUUCAUCCUGGUCUUUCUGGCCUUCAUGAUUGGCAUGUUCAAUCUCUUCUCAUACUACCUUGGAGCAAAGCAAAACGAAGCCUUCACAACUGUGGAGGAGAGCUUCAAAACAUUAUUUUGGGCCAUAUUUGGACUAUCAGAAGUGAAGUCCGUCAUCCUCAACACGGGGCAUAAAUUUAUUGAGAACACUGGCUAUGUGCUUUAUGGAGUGUACAAUGUCACCGUGGUUAUAGUCUUACUCAACAUGCUCAUUGCAAUGAUCAACAGCUCAUUUCAAGAAAUAGAGGAUGACGCAGAUGUGGAGUGGAAAUUUGCACGAGCCAAGCUGUGGUUCACCUACUUCGAGGAGGGCAGGACGCUUCCAGUCCCCUUCAACUUGGUGCCAAGUCCCAAGUCUAUGCUGACUCUGGCCAACGGGAUCAAGACGCUGACCCUGGCCCUGGUUAACAGAGAGUGGAGCACCGAGAACGAGAAGGCUGAGUGUGAACUGAAUGAGCUAAGCGAGCGAGGCAAAGCCCCACAGAGAGAUCCGAGCCCAGAGCGUCCCACACGAUAUCAGAAGAUCAUGAAGCGCCUUAUCAAGCGUUAUAUCAUAAAAUCACAAUGUGAUAAAGAGAGUGACGAAAUCAAUGAAGGAGAGCUUAAAGAAAUUAAACAGGAUAUAUCAAGCUUACGCUUCGAGCUACUGGAGGAGAAGAAUUACAGCUUGGACGACCUCGGCAAACUCAUCAGGCGGCUUGAGGAGAAGUUGUGAAGCUGUAAGGUCCACGAAUGACCUGCUGGCUUUACCCAUGAACUUCUGCUCAGCAAAUCCGGCCGUGUCAAUACAACACUUUCAGUGUUAAAAUAACACUCAUCGUGUUGGUCCCAUUAUUGAAGUGUUCCAUUAACACGGCAAACAUUUACUGUCUGGAGAUGGCAAACGGUGGCCAGAGGCCAAGUGCCUACUCCAUGUCAAAGGUCAUCACCACCAGCUUGAUUUUGUAGCAACUAAUGCUUCACUGCAGUGCAGUGCAUCCAUUCAAGGACAUAUAAGUCUGGUGAGAUUGUUGUCUCCCCUUUUCGGUUCACAAGCAGAAGCAAAUUACCAACAUGAACAACAAAACGGGAUGUUGGUUGUACCAAAGGUUGGUACAGUGGCUGAGCCUUUGUUAAAGGUGCACUGUGUAAUGUUUCCAGGAUUCAUGCUACCCAUUCACUAAUGUUACGUUUUUCAUGAAUACUUACGACCACCACCAAUGGUCCUCCAUUUUGAAUUUCCAGAAAUAGAAAUGUCUAGCUGCAAAACGUACUGUACUUUGGUUAUACUAGUAACUAUUGGUUUAUUAUUUAGUAUUCAUAACAAGAUCAAAUUUGGUAAUAGGCAGCACAGUUUCAACGAGCAGCAUAGUUGCAGUACCCCAUUUUGGCCACAUUCAACACAGUGCACCUUUAACUCAACAGUAUAUGCUGUGGCAAAAUUACUUUCACUGUUUCUCUUUGACACAGGAAAACUGGAUUUCCCAUUUACUUAAAAGUUUACACAGUUCAUUUAAUAAAAGUAAUAAGUAAUGCACAGAUAAGCCUUACAAUUAUAUUGAUGUAAACAUGUAAAAAGUGUCUAUUGCUUUGGAUUUUUUAAAAUGCAAUUUAAGCCAAGUACUCAUGUAAUAUAUUUUCACUAUGCAACUUAAUUUAAACAAUAUGGUAACUGAUAACUUGCACUAUGUACAACUUACUCUAUUGUUUAAUUCACUGGAAAUACAUUUUCCACAUUGGUACCUUAUGCCUUAUAUCUCCCUGUCCUUGAAUGGUUGUACGUUGUUGUCUGUGAAUGGUUAUUGGAUUUCCACAUAAAAUGUGUUAAUAAAGAACAAGUUUGUU